AGAGAUGUUCCGUUCAAUCUCAACAUUGAGGUAAUCACACGUAUCAUAUCGAGAUUGUAGAAUAUAAUAUUCACUUGAAAAUUUUAUGUGUGCUAUACCUAAUCGUGUGAAACGGAAUCAUGUUUGAUCUCUUAGUAGGUUUUGCCAUUCUCAUCUUUGGUAUAAUCUCCAUCAAACAAAGUGAGAAAAGUCAGCCCAAGAAAAUCUUCAAAGUGUACACUCAACCUGGAAGAUGGUAUCGUUUGAAGUAUUUUAUAUUUUUGAUGUUUUUGAUACUGAGAAGAUUGAAAUAUUAUAUAGUCGGAAAAAAUGUUUUGGUGAAAAAGGAAAAGUUGGAGAAACUGCAAAUGCUUUCAAACCAUGAAUUGGCUUUUGAUGCAGUAUUUUUCCAUGCAGUUUCAAGAGAUGGUAUUUACUUCUGUGGUGGAAUUGAAAGAAGACAAAAAUCUAAAAUUGUAGGACUGGUAUAUCUUGUGCUACCCGAUUACGGCAUUUUGGAGAGUGUUCAUCUACCCAAAACUACUCUGGAUGCAGAACCUUCAUCUCUUUUUCACCUGGACCGAUAUGCUGGAGGAGGUCUCACUAUUACUCCUGUGAAACCGAUGAAAAAAUGGAAAAUAUCUUUCAGUGGAAAAAUGAGAUCACAAAAAGAUCCAAAAAAGAUAUUUGACGUAGAGCUGAAUGCUGACUGGAGAAGUGAUUAUGACUGGAUCUAUUUUGAAUUUGAUACUCCAGCAAAAGUUAUCGCAAGGUCAAUGGCGAGGGAAGUUUGGAAUAGACAAUUCUUCAAAAAUCUCAAAUCGUGAGUACCACUUCGAUAUU